UUGCACCUCGACGUGCAUGACGAAAUACCAAGUGGGUGCCACAAACACACUUCGCCACCACUUCUGCAGCCAGCCAGCAGUCGAACGAACGAUGGCUCCAGCACCGACGCACCGCAUUGAGAAGGACACUAUGGGCGAGAUCCAGGUCGAGGCUCAUCGGUACUGGGGAGCCCAAACGCAGCGGUCGCUCGAGAACUUUACCAUCGGCGGCCAGCGCAUGCCCCUCGAGAUCAUUCGCGCGUUUGCGAUACUCAAGAAAGCGGCCGCGCAAGCAAACCACGAGCUCGGCGUGCUUUCGGCUGAAAAGACGGCUCUGAUCAGCACAGUGUGCGACGAAAUCUCGUCCGGUGUGUUGGACGCCGAAUUUCCCCUAGUCGUGUGGCAAACCGGGUCUGGCACCCAAAGCAACAUGAACGUAAACGAAGUGAUCGCGAACCGCGCGCAUGUGCUGUCUGGCGGCAGUCUCCUCGACGCAAAGAAGACCAUCCACCCCAACGACGACGUGAACAAAUCGCAAUCGUCCAACGACACGUUCCCGACCGCCAUGAGCAUCGCCGCGUAUAAACUCGUCGUCGAGAACACGAUUCCGAACGCCAGAAAACUCCGCGACACGCUUCAGGCCAAAGUCGAAGCAUUUCGCGACGUCAUCAAGAUUGGCCGCACGCACCUCAUGGACGCGACGCCCCUGACGUUAGGCAUGGAGUUCUCGGGGUACGUGGCACAGCUGGACCAUGGCAUUCGCGCCAUCGAAGUCACGCUAGACCACCUCUCCGAGCUCGCGUUAGGCGGCACUGCCGUUGGUACGGGCCUCAACACUCCGCCAGGGUACGACGUCCUUGUCGCCACGAAGAUUGCUGAGCUUGCUGGCCAUCCAUUCAAGACCGCACCCAACAAGUUCGAGUCGCUUGCGGCGCAUGACGCCAUCGUGGGGUCGUCCGGCGCGCUGAAAAAACUGGCGGUCAGCUUGAUGAAAAUCGCGAGCGACGUCCGACUCCUCUCGUCUGGCCCGCGCUGCGGCAUCGGCGAGAUCAGGAUUCCCGAGAACGAGCCCGGUUCGUCCAUCAUGCCGGGAAAGGUGAACCCAACGCAGUGCGAAGCCAUGACGAUGGCGUGCGCCCAGGUGAUCGGCAACGACACGGCGAUCAGCAUCGGCGGCAUGAGCGGCCACUUUGAGCUGAACGUGUUCAAACCGAUGAUCAUUUUCAACUUUUUGAUGUCGGCGCGCCUCCUGGGCGACGCCUGCGACUCCUUCGACAAGCACUGUGCCGUCGGCAUCCAGGCAAACCCCGCCGUGAUCGAUCGCCACUUGGAGAACUCGCUCAUGCUCGUCACGGGGCUCAACACCCACAUUGGAUAUGACAACGCCGCCAAGAUUGCCAAGAAGGCGCAUAAGGAAGGCACGACCCUUCGCCAGGCAGCCCUCGAUCUCAACCUGCUUACGUCCGAGCAGUACGACCAGUGGGUCGUCCCGCGCAACAUGAUCGGUAGCAUGAAGUAAAUACGCGGCCAACGAUGCUGCCCUCUCCCCGCCCACGCGGCGACAAUUGAACACUGACCUGCGUCCUUGUCGCUCCUUGUGAUGACUUUUGUGGACAGAUCGGGCCUCUCGUCGAUCGGUGGUUGCGC